GUUCUGUUCUCAGUUCUGCUGUUUUAGAAGUGAUGGAAGGACAAUUCUGCAUCCUUUAGAAAUGAAAUCGGCGGUGAUAAUCUUGUUUAUUUUUUUAUAUGCGGAAGCUAAUCCAAGUGUGUUUAAUAUUGGGGGUGUCUUGAGUACAAAUGAUAGCAGUGCAUAUUUCAAGAAUACGAUCGCGCAUUUGAAUUUCGAUUCACAGUAUGUUCCAAAAGGUAUCACUUACUACGACAUAGCUAUUCUUAUGGAUCCAAAUCCUAUAAAAACGGCUCUGAAUGUAUGCAGAUACCUGAUUUCUAGUAGGGUAUAUGCUGUGGUAGUUUCCCACCCCUUAACAGGAGAUUUAUCACCGGCAGCUGUAUCUUACACCAGCGGAUUUUAUCAUAUACCUGUGAUUGGAAUAUCUUCCAGAGACUCUGCGUUUUCCGAUAAAAAUAUCCAUGUAUCUUUUUUGAGGACCGUUCCACCCUAUUCUCACCAAGCGGACGUUUGGGUUGAACUAUUGAAAUAUUUCAACUAUAAAAAAGUCAUAUUCAUUCAUAGUUCUGAUACAGAUGGAAGAGCCAUUUUAGGAAGAUUCCAGACAACAUCACAAAUCCUUGAAGAUGACGUUGAAAUAAAAAUCCAGGUAGAGUCAGUUAUAGAAUUUGAAGCUGGCUUGGAAAGUUUCGAACAUCAACUUCAAGAAAUGAAGAAUGCACAAGCACGUGUUUAUCUUCUAUACGCAGGGAAGAAAGAUGCUCAAGUAAUUUUCCGAGAUGCGUCCAACAUGAACAUGACAGAUGCGGGAUAUGCUUGGAUAACAACGGAGCAAGCUCUAGAGGCAGAAAAUGUCCCCGAAGGAAUUUUAGGAUUGAAACUUGUUAAUGCCACCAAUGAAAAAGCGCAUAUAAGAGAUAGUAUUUAUGUUCUUGCAUCGGCACUUCGAGAUAUGAACAUGAACAAAACAAUCCAAAUCACAGAAGCACCCAAAGACUGUGAUAACUCUGGAUCUAUCUGGGAAACUGGCAAAGAACUCUUCCAGUUCAUCAGAAAACAAGUACUCCUCAAUGGUGAAACGGGAAAGCUUGCCUUCGAUGACCAAGGAGAUCGAAUAAACGCAGAAUAUAAUGUGGUCAACAUACAGAGAAAGAAGAAAUCUGUUGCAGAAGUUAUAGUGGGACAACAUUUCUUCAACAGAACAUUGAGCAAAAUGAUGCUCUCAGUUGACGAGAAAAAAAUCAUCUGGCCAGGAAGACAAACUGUUAAACCGGAAGGUUUCAUGAUACCGACACAUUUGAAAGUUUUGACCAUUGAAGAGAAACCUUUCGUUUAUGUAAGGAAAUUGAAUGAGGGAGAAGGAUGCACACCCGAUGAGAUAUUCUGUCCGCAUUUCAAUUCUACAAGAGAAUUGGACGCUAAGUUUUGCUGCAGGGGUUACUGCAUGGACUUACUGAAAGAACUCUCCAAAAAAAUAAAUUUUACAUACAGUCUGGCUCUUUCUCCCGACGGUCAAUUCGGCAACUACAUAAUUCGCAAUCAUUCGGGAAUAGGAAAGAAGGAAUGGACCGGUUUGAUUGGAGAACUGGUUUCUGAAAGAGCAGACAUGAUUGUAGCACCUCUGACCAUAAAUCCAGAAAGAGCAGAAUUCAUUGAAUUCAGUAAGCCGUUCAAAUAUCAAGGAAUAACCAUAUUAGAAAAGAAGCCUUCCAGAAGCUCUACGUUGGUAUCGUUUUUGCAACCAUUCAGUAAUACCCUUUGGAUAUUGGUGAUGGUCUCAGUUCAUGUGGUAGCUCUGGUACUCUAUCUUUUGGAUAGAUUUUCGCCUUUUGGAAGGUUCAAGUUAGCUAACACAGAUGGUACUGAAGAAGAUGCUCUUAAUCUAUCUAGUGCUAUCUGGUUCGCAUGGGGGGUUCUUUUGAAUAGUGGAAUAGGUGAAGGAACCCCUCGAAGUUUUUCCGCCAGAGUAUUAGGUAUGGUGUGGGCUGGAUUUGCUAUGAUAAUUGUAGCCUCAUAUACUGCUAACUUGGCUGCUUUCCUGGUGUUGGAAAGGCCCAAAACUAAACUCACUGGAAUAAACGAUGCCAGGUUGAGGAACACAAUGGAAAAUUUAACUUGUGCUACAGUGAAAGGGUCGUCUGUAGACAUGUACUUCAGGAGACAGGUAGAAUUAUCAAAUAUGUAUAGAACAAUGGAGGCCAAUAACUACGACACAGCAGAAGAUGCUAUAAAUGAUGUGAAAACUGGGAAAUUGAUGGCCUUCAUAUGGGAUAGUUCACGUUUAGAAUUCGAAGCAGCGCAGGACUGCGAACUUGUCACUGCUGGAGAACUAUUCGGACGCUCAGGUUAUGGUAUAGGUCUUCAGAAAGGUUCACCAUGGGCCGAUGAAGUGACUCUAGCCAUUCUUGACUUCCAUGAAAGUGGUUUCAUGGAAAGUUUGGACAAUAAAUGGAUACUCCAAGGUAAUAUACAGCUCUGUGAACAGUUCGAGAAGACACCAAAUACUCUGGGGUUGAAAAACAUGGCGGGAGUGUUUAUACUUGUUGCAGCUGGUAUUGUGGGUGGUAUAGGAUUGAUAGUAAUCGAGAUGGCAUACAAGAAGCAUCAGAUAAAGAAGCAGAAGAGGAUGGAAUUAGCGAGGCAUGCUGCAGACAAGUGGAGAGGCACAGUUGAGAAACGUAAGACGUUGAGAACAUCAAUAGCUGCUCAGAGAAGGAUCAAGUCAAAUGGUGUCAACGAUACUGCAACCAUUUCUUUAGCUGUUGAUAAAUACACACGGUAUGGACCAGAAAGAGCUUGGCCUGGUGAUUCGGACAUCAGACAUCGUAGAAUCGAGGACCUUGGUGCAUUGCAACUUGGACCUCGGUACCUUCCAUGCGAUGUGUCGCAUCUUGUUGUUUGAAAGUUGAAAUAUUAAUAAAUGUUAGAGGAAGUUGUUAUUACUACAAAAUAUUGUAUUCAUAUGAUUUUCACAUCGGAAGAAUAAGCUCAAUGGAAGAAUUGUGGAAUAAAGAAUAUGUAAAUAAUUA